AUGGGCGCCACCGACGACGCGUUCGAGCUCCUCGCCCUGCGCGACGCCUUACCCGCGGUGAACGACCAAGUUCUGUGCGAAGCCAUGAACGCGCGCGCGUCGAGAACGAUCGAGAUGCUGAACGCGCUGGUGCGGGCGAGCGAGACGCGGUUGCGGGUCGCGGAGACGGCGUUGGAGGACGCCGAGCGCCGAGCGACGUUGUUGGAGAUCGCCUUGGAGGGGGUGAAAGGUGAAUUUGAGAGCGGUGAGACGGAUGUUGAGGUACGGACGAUCGGUAGUGGCGACGUGGGGGCGACGGAGCCGGCGAUGGAGACGGCGGAGAGCGCGAGCGAGGCGUCGUCGAUGAGCGAGGCCGAGGACGCGGCGACGUCCGAACCGCCGGCGGUGGCGCACGCGGACGCCCGAGACGCGAUGUUGGACGAUCCGGUUUAUAGUAUUUAUUUCAAGAUGUUGAAAAUGGGGGUGCCGGAGCAGGCGGUACGGAAUAAGAUGGCGCUCGACGGCGUCGACGAGAGCGCGUUGGAUCGACGGUAG